GCCCACCCUCUGGCUGCGCAACCUGUGUCAUCCUGCAGGAAACGAAGCCAUCCCCGGACCUGGCGCGCGAGGAAGACUCCGCAGGAUGCGCGGCGUGUGCGCGGAACCUGGUCUUCUACGAGCCUGGACUUCCGAGCGUGGCGCGCGGCUGCAGGGAUUGAUUCUCCGGGAAUCGUGCCGGGGACCGCGCCCGGGAAUCCUGCGGGGGUGGGAGGGGGGCUCGGGCUCCGCGCCUCCGCCGCAGGGGGGCGCUGCGGGGCUCCCCGGCGCUGGCGCUGCUGGCCGCCCCCGCGGCUGGGCGUGCCGCCUGCAAGAUGUCCGUGCGCCGCGGCCGGCGGCCGGCGCGGCCCGGGACCCGCCUCUCCUGGCUGCUGUGCUGCAGCGCCCUGCUGUCCCCGGCCGCGGGCUACGUGAUCGUGAGCUCCGUGUCCUGGGCCGUCACCAACGAGGUGGACGAGGAGCUGGACAGCGCCUCCACCGAGGAGGCUAUGCCCGCGCUGCUGGAGGACUCGGGCAGCAUCUGGCAGCAGAGCUUCCCCGCCUCGGCUCACAAGGAGGACGCGCACCUGCGGCCCCGGGCGGGCGCCGCGCGCGCCAGGCCGCCCCCCGCGCCGCCCGGGAUGUUCUCCUACCGGCGUCAGGGCGGCCAGGCAGGCGGUGCCUCCCCGGCCCCGAGGCUGCGAGCCGCCACCGCCCGCUCCCUGGCCCACGCCAGCGCCUGGGGCUGCCUGGCCACCGUGUCCGCCCACGAGAAGAUCCAAGGACUGCCAUUUGGGAACUGCCUGCCCAUCAGUGACGGCCCCUUCAACAAUAGCACUGGGAUUCCUUUCUUCUACAUGACAGCCAAGGACCCCGUGGUGGCCGAUCUGAUGAAGAACCCCAUGGCCUCGCUGACGCUGCCGGAAUCAGAAGGGGAGUUCUGCAGAAAAAACAUCGUUGACCCGGAGGAUCCCCGAUGUGUCCGGUUAACACUCACCGGUCAGAUGAUUGCAGUGUCUCCAGGAGAAGUAGAAUUUGCCAAGCAAGCCAUGUUUUCAAGGCACCCAGGGAUGAGGAAGUGGCCUCGUCAGUAUGAAUGGUUCUUUAUGAAGAUGAGGGUAGAACAUAUCUGGCUUCAGAAAUGGUAUGGAGGCAUAUCCGAUAUUUCAAGGGAGGAAUAUUUCAAAGCAGUUCCCAGAAAGGCCUGAUGGAGUAAGAAGAAAGUCCUUAAUGUUUGCACUUAAAUGAAAACCUUUUCAGUGAUGAAGCCAGACAGCUAUUGACCACUGUCUCUUUGUUGAAGGGUUCAUAGCAGCCCUGCCAUCCCUACAGCAUAAUGAAAGAGGGGGAACAGGGAACUCUAUGCUAGAUGUGAGAUUAAAGUGGUCAUUUGCAGAUCUCCAACUCACACGGAUACUUCGCAUAGAUAGUCUUUAUUCCGUUGUAUUCAAUACAGACUCACCUAUUCAGAAAUCGUGUAAUAGUGGUGGUCAAAAUGACAUGUUGAGAUCGUUGCUGUUUCCUUCUUUAAGAAAAAAAACAUGGCUGUACGUACAAUGUGAUUGCUGUGUAUUGUGAGAGUACUUUUGUUGCUUGCGGUGCCAGACACAGUCUUGGUUCUAAGCUCACUGCAACCACGAAGGAACUGACUGUGCAUCACACAGCCACAACAUGGUAUUAGGGUGAGGGUGGAGGACUGUGUGUCUAUGGAUUACUCCUCCUGCCGGUGGAUUGCAAAUGCAUUAUUAAGUCAUACUGGCUAGAAUGUACCGGUCACUUACGCGGCUUUUUCCCCACCAUAACGUGAAAACAUUUAAGAACAUAGGAUGCUUUCUGCACAGCCCUUCUCUAUGUAACCAGCCAUGGCAGUGCAUUAAAGGGGAACAAGUAGCUUCGACAUUAAGCUUCCCAAAAGGUUGAGCUGCUCACACUUCUGGCAAGGGUUCCCCUCUCGCCUGCAUGAACGGGGCAUCCAGAAUAAGAAGUGCCCCAUUCUGUGGUGGAGAAAGAGGAAAGGGGAGAGGGUGAAGCUGGGAAAGUAAAGGCAGCACAUUAGAGAAGGAAGAAAGGAAGCCGGUAACUGAGGGCCUGCUGCCUGCCCAGCCCUGGGCCAGGCCCUCCAUGGAAGCCAUCACAUUUAAGCCCCGCAACCAAUAAGAUGCACAUCAUCAUUGCCUCUUACAGACAAGAAAACCGGACUCAGAGAGGUUGAGUCCACAUCCCAGACAGCGCACUGCAAACACGGGUGGAGUGGUUCCUAGAAGACAUCCAGUUUUAAGAAGGAAUGAGUUAUUGAAAUGCACGGGUAGAAACUGAACCAGGAAAAUCAGCAAAGUGAUUGUAAAAGAGAAGGACUAGCCUGCCUAGAGACGAUGUUUCUUGCUUUUGGAAAAAAAAGUCUCUGAAAUUUGAUUCUUACUACAGAUUUAAACUUUCUACAUAUUACAUGUAGGUGCUUCUAGUGUUUUCAAGAAAUUAGACUGUACCUGUGUACACUUCUGAGGCCCACAUGGACCUAUGCAUAUAUAUAUCUAAGACCUCUGAUCAUUAAAACCUAUAAAGGAUU